AGCCGUUGUCUUUAGCCGCAGCGAUUCCCGAUUGGCGCGCUCGAAGGCCCGCCAGGAUCGGCGGAGAAACAACCGGGCCGGGCUUGGUCAGGCCCGGAAUGGAGCCCCGCGUGCGUGGGAAUGGGAAGCGACCCUCCCGCAGGCUUUGCUUCGAGCCCUGCACUGCCGUGGGCUGUCGUCGUGGCCCUCUUCGGCGUACUCUUCGGAGCGACCGCUGCGGGAGGCGAGGCUGCAGUGACCGCCCUGUCCACCACCGUCGUGGGCCUCGUCCUCGCGGGCUGCCUGCUGGCGCCCUGGCGUGGGGGAGGAGGGGCAGCCUCGGAGUGCCCGUGCGUGCCGCUGCCGCUGCAGCUCUCUCGGCUGACGUCCCGGGGUCCCCACGGCAGGCCCAGGCUCGUGCUCGGAGGCAGCGCCAGCGAGGCCGACGUCGUGGUGCUCGCGAGCGCGGUCCAGGAGUUCGGUGAGCUCGCCCGGGUCGAGGCGAUCAGUGUGACGCAGUGCCCGCUGGUGGGCGACGGCGCGCUCCGCGCCGUCGUCUCUGCGGCGGCCUCUGCGGCCUCCAGCCUCACGCUCUUGGACCUCACGGCAACCGCCAGCUCGGAGACGCCGCUGCCCAGGCCUUGGCGUCCUCGCUGCGCUCGCGGGCCUGGGCGCUGCGCGAGCUGCGCCUGGCCGCUGGCGGCCUCACGGCUAGCGGUGUGCGCUCCCUCGCGGCGGCCCUGUGCCCUCGGCAGCCCGGCAAUGGCCCCGAGAGUUCGAAAACGAGGACGAACCUCCGUCCCCUGAGAUCUGAC